AUGUUGAAAGCCUACCAAUCAGAAGCGGACGACGAUGUCACCUCGAACACCGCCAGCGAGCAAACGAGCAGUGAGAGCUACGACAAAGACGAAGACAACGACGACGAGUUUAAUGGAAACGAUAGCGGUGAGGAAUACGGCAACGCGAACGUAGACAAGCAGCUCGAAUUCCGCACAGACAAGGCGUGGUGGCAGCAGCCCGCCCGUCGCACUCGAAGUAUUGCAAGGGUCGAUUACCGUGAGAAGAAGAGUGAAACCCCACCGCAGCAACCACCACCGCCUAAAGUCAGAACAACAUCAACAGCCCAAAAGCCGACCCUGAAGAGGCUUGAUCCCGCAACAGAGAGUUGCUGGGAGAAGCACGGGGUCGAGGAGCCGAGGCCACACUCAUUUGUCGACACGUUCGUUCCGAUUCAGGACGAUAUUAAUCGCUGGACUUACGACGGGCCCCCGCCAGGGUUUGAAGAACCGACCACAUUCACCCGACUGCUUCGAGGCGACCAAGCUCAAAAGAAGCGCGAGAUGCGCGUUUCUGGCUAUGGCCCCUCCAGUGGACCGGCUAACAACAUCGUCGAAGAGUAUCUAUCCCCAAACGAUGCCUAUGUUGAAGACUUUCAAGGCUUCAAAGCCCUCUCUGAUGCCGAAAAGCAAGAGGUAAUCGCUCGAGAAGCUGAAGAUUUCGGACUGGAGAGACCAAGAGGGUGGAACGUGUCUUUCCAUUACAACCCGCAUGUCGAAUAUCACCAUUUUGGUAGCUCACAUCCUAUGAAACCAUGGCGGUUGACGCUUACAAAACAGCUCGUUCUGUCGUAUGGGCUUGAGUACACCAUGGACCUGUAUGAACCUAGACCAGCAAACUUUAACGAACUCGCCAUCUUCCACGAUCGCGACUACCUAUCCUAUCUCAGUAAAAUCACGCCUCAGAACGCACAGCCAGAAGAUCUUCAGUACAUAUCGUACGGCUUUGGCGGCGAAUCGAACGAUUGCCCAGUCUUCGAUGGGCUUUGGAACUACGUCUCUCUCUACAGUGGCGCCUCUAUGAGCGCGGCGUGGAACCUUUUAAACAAGCAGUCAGACAUUGCAAUCAACUGGUCUGGUGGUCUACAUCACGCAAAGAAGAAUCUCGCCUCGGGCUUCUGUUAUGUCAAUGACAUCGUCAUAGCUAUCCAGCUCCUCCUCACCCAGCACCAACGCGUUCUUUACAUCGACAUCGAUGUGCAUCACGGGGAUGGCGUCGAGCAGGCAUUUGAAUCAACGGAUCGCGUCUUCACACUCUCGUACCACAAGUAUGGCAUUGAUAAACACGGUUACCCCUUCUUCCCAGGCACAGGCAAUAUUAGCGAAAUGGGCCCCUCAGACGCCGCCAACCGUGGAAAAGGCCACUGCUUGAACAUACCGAUCGAUGACGGCAUCGACGACGACCAGUACAAAUGGCUUUUCAAAACCGUCACCGGCGCCGUCAUCGACAAGUACAAUCCGCAAGCCAUUGUGUUGCAAUCGGGCGCUGACUCACUUGGCGGCGACCGUCUCGGACGCUUCAAUCUCAACAUCAAGGCACAUGGCUACUGUAUCGAGACAGUCAAGGCCUUCGGGCGCCCAAUCCUCCUCAUUGGCGGCGGCGGCUACACGCCCCGCAACGUCGCGCGCACCUGGUGUCACGAGACGGCCGUGUGUGUAGGCGCAGAACUGCACGACGAGCUUCCCGCGCAUAUUCCCUACAUUCAAGCCUUCCAAGGCGCCGAUAACGGCGACGGCAUCCUCUACCCUGACCUUCAUAACACGAAGCGCCAUGAGAAUCUCAACUCGAUGCCCAAGCUGCAGAAGCUGCUCGAACACGCAAUGGAGAACUUGAGGUACCUAGAAGGCGCGCCAAGUGUCGUCGUGAAUACCAAAGGCAUUGGAGAGGAGGAGCUGAUGCGGAUCAGGGAGAUGGUAGAGCAAGAGCUGGAAGACGAGGCUGAAGAUAAACAUUACCUUAGCGUGGAGAAUAACAGAAGGCGGAGAGAGAGGAAUGUUGGUGGGAGGGCUGAACGCGGUCUGAGCUUGACUCGAUAUGUAACGCGAGGGGGAGCUUGGGCAACUUUCCGUGGGUUUAGUUUUUACGAAGCGCCCCUUAUGUCCAUUACAAAAGAGAUUUACUCUAUGCUUGUCUCGCACGUGACCGAGGUUGAGUAUCUGGAUGGGGUCGAAGCCGACGGUGAAGAUUAUCGUGCUGGUGAUGGCAACACUAUCGCCGAGCCGGAUCAGACUCAAAGUAUAGUGGAUCUCAAGCUAGCGCCUCUUCGCAAUGUCUGUGCCAGCGCUAUUAGCACCUUAACCUCGGCCAAAGACGCCCGCUCAAAAGCCGCAGAAGGCACGCUGCCUUCGGACCAAGAAAUCUUCGACUCCCAGAUUGGUAACAUGCUGCCUUUUCGCAUGCAGCCAAUCUUGCUCGCCAAGUUCCCUCUCGCGGCGCUGCAACAUCUCCAAUUGAACGGCUCAACCCCGAUCCCGGCAUUCGACCCUAAUUUCUCCUCCCUCGACGAUGUCAUCGAAUUCUUCAAGAAGGUCCAGGCCGUUUUCGACGCAGUUGACGCGGAGGCGUUCAACCAAAGCGCCGAGAAGAGUGUUGACAUUCCUAUGGAGAAUAUGGGCAUUACGCUGCAUAUGACGGGAAUGGCGGAUUUUUUUCACGGCUUUGUGAUACCGAACAGCUACUUCCAUCUCAAUGCCAUGUACAUGCUUUUGAGGAGCAAGGGAUUCGGACUUGGGAAGGGCGUGUAUGUGAACAGCUGGAUGAGUGAGCAGCAGAAGAAGGAUUGGGCACCAUUGAGGGGUUGAAUGCCGGGCGAACUGAGAGCCUCGCCCGUCAAAAGGGAAGUGUACUGAGACUAAAAUAAACUCCCAAAUGCUAGCCCAAAUUACGCGCAUGGGUCAGAGCUAGCUCGGAUAUACACUUUUCCAUUGCAUUGUGGACGGAAAGUGAAGUGGGAGUUAACACAUCAAAAGAGUUUGUCACACAUGGCUAAUAAUAAGUUUCCUACAGCCGCAUCCAGAAUGCUUUAUUGAGCCAGUACAUGCACAAAUUAGU